GUCAGUCCUUCUAAGAUUACCUCUUUUUUAUACUAUUUACCUAUCUAUCAUCUAUUUUGCAUGUACAUGGUUGUUUGCAUUUUGUCUCUUCCAUUAGAAUAUGACUUCCAUAUGAAUAGUAACCAUGUUUUUGCCUUUCUUAAUAUUCCCAUUUUUUCAGCACAGUACCUGGCAUGUAGUAAGCCUUUAACAAAUGCUUGUUGACUGACUGUUUAAUUGAAUUAUUGAAACAAAAGGGCAAAAAAGAAAAAAGAAACAAAAAGAUAACUUGAAUUUAUUCUUCUCUUUGGUUUCAAGCUGUUAGGGCUUCCCAAUUCAGUUACCCUCCCCAAUCUUUCUAUAUUUGGGUAAUAUUCCAGGAUUCUGGUUUGAAGUUACAGGAUUUAGUGGAAGAAAAUCUAGACAAGGAUUCAGAAAACUUGGGUUCUGAGCCUGGGGUUGCUGUUGUUGUUCGAUCAUGCCCUAUUCUUUGUGACCUCUAUUUAUGGUUUUCUUGGCAAAGAUAUUAGAGUAGUUUUACAUUUCUUUCUCCAGCUCAUUUUACAGUUGAAAAAUGGAGGCAUCUCUUCAAUAUUUUGUUGCCCUCUAAUAAAGGCCUUGUCUGCCUCUUUCCUUGUGAAAGAAAAAGCUUGUGUGGCCCUGAUCUUAGGGAGCCUAGGGGAACGGUUGCCCCAACUUUCACUGAAGUUCUACAACCUCACUUCAAUUAAGGCAGCAGACAUCACUACCUUUUUAAAAUGUUUAAAUAAGAAUGUACUUGUAAUCUCCUUUUCCUCUUUAAAUGGGUUAAAAAGGUAACAUCAUGAGUGCUCACCACACAAGUUAAAGAUACCUUUGGGGGAUUUAAAUAGCAGAAGAAACUUUGACAAUUAUUCGAUUGAGUAGUGGUUUAGUUAAGCAAUGGAUCAGUCUAGUGGUGAAAGAGCCCUAGCUAAGUGUGUACAGCAAGGUAGCCCUGCAAGAGAGGGAACAAGCUUUAAGGAACAUAUCCACUUUUACCAGAAAACAAUGUUGCUUAUGGAACUGAGAAAGGACUUCUAGUAACUAAAAGUUGUUUUUAGCUUUUGGUCAUAAAUGUUACUACACACAUGCCUCUAUCAUUUCAGCCUAUUCUUCCUAUAGAUCUCCUGUGUAUAUAUGUGAGAGAACAAAUCUCAAUCUUUCAGGGAAUGCUCUAUGACACCUUAAUAAAUAAUUUUUUCUAAAGGCUUAUCUUCACCCUUCCAUUAGAAGUGGGAAUUGGGUGAAUAGUCCUGGAAGGGAUAUUUUCACAACUCUGAGGGAAGAAACAUUUCUACUGACUGGGAACUUUUAGUCCCAAUGACCAGUAGAUUGAGGGGCUGGUGAAGAUACCUGUCACUGAGUACAAUUUAUUUACUGGCCUUACUAGAGCAAUUGAGGCUUGGGGUAAGACAUAUACCACUCUCUUCCACUCCCAGGGAACUGGCCCCAUUACUAACAUUAAAAACUUUAGUUCCAAGUGUUUGGAGAAUAAGGUAUAUCCAAGCCUAAAGCAUUUGGUCUAUACUCUUAAGGAAUACUGGAACACAAUCUUCCUUCUUAAUCCCCCUUGGGUCAAUGUGGCACUCUUUCCUCCUUUCUUUUUCCUCUCAAACUCCCUUAAUAUGAAUAAAACACAUUAGGAAGCUGAGGGCAUAAUGGAGUCUCCUUCCUAGAAUCUCUUUGGGAUCAACUCCAGGAAGGAGAGACUUUUUUUUUUUUUCCCCAACAAACACAUAAGGGAAGUGGUCCCUCAACAUUCAGCUUGCCUCUCUAGAGACUUCAGAAAUUUCCCUUUGGAUGAGAUUAGGAUCUCUUUGAGAUGCACUGCUUACACCAGAAGAGCUUAUUCACUCUGGAUAUUUUCUGGUAUAUUCUAAUCUAUAUAACUUCUUUGAUUUCUGUUCACUCUUAAUUUGGGUAAAUAGAUGUAUUCAUUAUUUGCCAUUUAUGAAUGUUUUUCAUGUGACCUGCAUUUGGUGGUAAGGGAUCAAGCUGGAGGGCCAAGUUUGAUACAGGUGAGUUUUUGUUCUGAUUCAGUCCUAAAUUUAUGACAGCAAUACUUAGCAAGGCAGACAGAUAUGUUUCUAGUGUGUUACUCCUCCCAAAGAAGAGGAAUUCUGGCACUACAAUUUAAGUUUAAUGUGUAUGAAAAAAACACCAAGAUGUGAAUAAUCUAUUCACAGUUUCAUAUGCAGUCCACCUCUCUGCCCUUCUUUGGAUAGUAUUUAUUGAUGGUUUUCUAGUUCAUAAUAAAAAAAAAAUUUAAAAAAGAGAGAGAAUGAAAGGUGACUGAAAAGGCAGGAGAAAGCUAGGAGAGUUCUGAGCAAAUGGGAAUUGAGGGAUGUUAAAGUGUUCCUCCUAAGAUGCUAACACAGAAGGCAGAAGGGGACUGAGAAAGGUUUGAGGCAGAAUGAGUCCUUAGAAGGUCUGGGAGGCAGAAUGAAAAUGCAAAAUGACCCUGAAGAGAUGAAGGGCUUCAAAGAAGUAGAUGUAUUUUGGGUAAGGUCUGAAAAAGAUGAAGACUGAGGAAGAUUGGGAGAAUGAAGAGAAGGGAUAGAGGCUUGAGGAGGCAAAAUGAGGGGGUUGGGGAGGAACUGGGAGGAAUUUCUGAGGAGAUAGGAUAUCCCUAGGACUGGGAAAGUGGAAGCACUGAGGAGGCAGAGGAAAUCCUUGGAGUUAAUGAGAAAAGGAAGUAGGGCCUACGGGAGUUGAAAAGGAUGGCCGUUGACAAGGGUGGCUGCUGAAGCUGGAAUGAAGGUGCAGGGAAAUGUGGGGGUGCUGAGGGAAUAGAGGGGUCCUUGGGACUGGGAUGUGUGGGCUCAAGGAAGAGAGGGGGAAUCCUUGGGGAUAAUGCCAGGGAGGAAGGGGACAGUUGGGAUUGAGAAAGCAGGUAGGUCUCUAAAGCUGAGGUGAAUAUGGGAGGGGGCUAAGGAGAUGGAGGUCCCUGAGGCUGAUCGAUGUGGGAGACUUUCAGGAAGCAGAGGGGCCUUGGGGCUGGGGAUGUGGAGGUACUAGGGAGACAGAUUAGUCUUUGGGGCUAGAGAAGUGAGGGUGCUGUCCCUUGGGGCUGGGGCAAACGUGCAGAGAGCGCUGAGGAGGCAGAAAGUUCCUGAGGGAAAAGUUGGGGGAGGGAUGCCUUUGGAGCAGGAUCGAAUGGACAGGGUAUCCCGUUGGGAUGGUCUGAGGCGCUUAGAGUUGUCCUGCUCCUCCUUGCCCCAUUCUCCACCCCCAAAGAGCAUCCUGAGCUAUAUAGUCACAAUCUCAUCACAUGAACUUUCCUUAAGGUCCAAUCCUGGACAGCCUUGUUCUCCCUCUACUAGCUCCUCCAGUACCUAGAGCUCUGUAACGGGAUGAAGAACAUCCAUCCCUACUCCGGAAUUUAAGAGAGGCAACCUGCCAUAAGAACUACAACUCCCAGCAUGCCUCGACAAGUCCUAGGAUGGCCAGCUUCCGUUCCGGCCUCCCCCUAGCUGUUUGGGGUUUGUAGUCUCGGCGCGCGAUUCACAGAGUCGCUUUCGCUCCCGGCGCGCCGUAGUUGCCGGACCCCUUAUGGGGGGCUACGCUACGGAGGCGGCGUAAGGCCGGGUUUCUGGACUCCCGAGCGCGCUCUGCUAGGCUCCUCAGGCUGAGGCAGAGGAAACAGUUUCCAAAACGGCCGGACGAGCGGCAUCUAGCAGACUUGCGGCGCGGGGAGGGAGGCAGGCGGGCGGGCGGGCGGCCGGCAGGGGCGGCGCUGCUCUCUCCGGAGGCAGAAGUUGUGGCGCGGCGCCCAACCGCUGGUAGAGGGAGGCCCGGGAUCGGGGCCGGGCCCGGCUGGGCUGGGGGGCCCGGGGCCGCGGGGCGUCCGCAGGCGCCUCCGGACUGCGCGGGUGAGUGCGUUCCGGAGUCGGAGCUCUGAGGGCUUCAGGCGGGGCCUUCGCUGGCCGCCUCGGCUCCCCCGGGGGUCCCAACGCCGGGCCGCCGAGCCCAGCCUUGUCCGACGCCGCGCGCCGGGGCCGGGCCGGGGAGGAGGGAGGGAGGAAAGGAGGGAGGGGAUCCGCAUCGCAGCCAGGCCCCUCCCCUCCGCACCCCCUCCCCGCCCCCGGCCCUCCCUCCGGCCGCCGGAGCUCGGGACCUGGGACCAGGAGGAAACGCGGGCUAAGUGAAACUGUUGCAGUCCCGGCCCCGGGCAACCCCGCCCGGCGCGAGCUCCGUCCAGCCCUCUGUCCAUCCGUCAGUCCGUCUCGCCGCUCCCGGCGCUCCUGGGCAUCCCGAAAAGUCGGCAGGAGAAUCGACCUCCCUUUCUCCAGUGUUGGGAACUUUCUGCCUGCCCAUGCCUCCAAUCCUCACCCUUUCCACCCGACUACACACGCCUGGACCUAAUCUGGGAUAAUUCUUGGCUGGGCCCAGGUUGGGGGUAACAUGGGGAGCUCAGCUUCCUCGCUGGCUGCAGAGACGGAAUCAGACCAUGGCUUCACUAGCCCAUCCUAUCCGGGGCACCCGGCUACAGGCUGGUAUAGAAGUAGCCACAGUGGUCCUGUGUGGGAAAGUGCCCUAAUAACACGACAACAUCAGCACUUACAUCCCAGGGCACGAAGCCACACCCAUUCGCCUGGUUCUAUGGCCGCAGUCCGGGAAUGGUCCUGUACCCGGUGCACUUUCCUGAACCCUGCAGGCCAGCGCCAGUGUUCCAUCUGUGAGGCCCCCCGACAGAAGCCUGACCUAAACCACAUACUGAGGCUCAGUGUGGAAGAGCAGAAGUGGCCCUGCGCCCGCUGUACUUUCAGAAACUUCCCAGGCAAAGGGGCCUGUGAGGUGUGUGGCUUUGCCCCAGACCCUCUGCCAGGAACGUCCCCACUCCCCAUCAUCAAUGGGGUCCUCCCCAAGCCCCCCACAAUCUCCGUGGAGCCCAGAGGAAGCUGCAAGGAGGAAGCAGUGCUGAAGGUGGAGGCUGGAGAGUCAGGAGGAAAAAGCCCAGAGGAAGUGGAGCCGGAAGGCGGCUGGGCCUGCCAGCGAUGUACCCUCCACAAUACCCCAGUCGCCAAUUCCUGCUCUGCCUGUGGAGGCCCACGAAAGCUCUCGCUGCCCAAGAUUCCCCCCGAGGCGCUGGUGGUCCCUGAGAUCAUUACUCCUGCGGGCUUCCACGUUGCCCCUUCCCCUCCACAACCCGGCCUACCCACAGAUCCCUCUGAGGCUGACUCCAUCUCAACGAAUCAAGAUCCAGCUGCUACUGAGCAAGAGCUCCCCAAAAUGCCAUCAUUCAGCCCCUUUUCCCCGACCCUGCAGAACAACCCCGUCCCCAGAAGCCGCAGGGAGGUGCCUCCCCAGCUACAACCACCGGUGCCUGAGGCUUCCCAGCCCACAACAGUCCCCGGGCCCAAAGGGUCCCCCCAGGGGCAGGUCCGAGCCCCCCCCACCACCCGCUUCCAAGAAAUCCUGGCUAGCAAGCGCCUCAGCGUGCUGGAGGAGGAGGCCGAAGCCAGUCCGCCUCUGUGGAGGUGCCUCUCCUGCUCCCUGCACAAUCCUGCAGGCAGCUCCAGGUGUGACAACUGCGGUGCCCCCCAGGGCAGUGACAUCAUCGACUUGACGGGGGACGCUGUCCGCUUCACCCCCGCCAGCCCCUCCAGCCCCGACUUCACCACCUGGUCGUGUGCCAGAUGUACACUUAAGAACCCCACUGUGGCUCAGAAGUGCAAAGCCUGCGGCUCCUCCAAGCUGCACGGCUUCCAGGAGCACGGGGGUGGGGCCUCCACGGGAGAGCCCACCGCCCACUGCCCGGACUGUGGUGCCGACAAGGCAGGGGACUGCUGUUGCGGCCGGGCCCCCUCUGCCCGGAAGGCCGCCCGGCUCUUCCCCGCCCAGCCCCCGCCACCCCCUGAGUGGGCCUGCCCGGCCUGCACCCUGCUCAAUGAGGCGAAGACCAAGAACUGUGCCGCCUGCCACACCCCGCAGGGCUGCCUGGCCCAGCGCAAGGGUGCCAAGCCCCUGACGCGCAGGGAGAGCAUGCACGUGGAGAAGCGCCGCCAGACCGACGAGGGCGAGGCGAAGGCUCUCUGGGAGAACAUCGUCUCCUUCUGCCGGGAGAACAAAGUGAACUUUGUGGAUGACAGCUUCCCCCCUGGUCCAGAGUCUGUGGGCUUCCCUGAAGGAGACAGUGUCCAGCAGCGGGUAAAGCAAUGGUUACGACCUCAUGAAAUCAACUGUAGCAUUUUCAAGGACCAGACAGUCAGUUGGUCAGUGUUUCGGACACCCCGGCCCUCUGACAUCCUUCAGGGACUCCUAGGGAACUGCUGGUUCCUCAGUGCCCUGGCAGUGUUGGCUGAGCGUCCAGAGCUGGUGGAGCGGGUGAUGAUCACUCGUACUCUCUGUCCAGAAGGAGCAUACCAGGUUCGGCUGUGCAAGGAUGGCACGUGGACCACAGUGCUGGUUGAUGACAUGCUGCCCUGUGACGAGUGUGGGUACCUUCUCUUCUCUCAGGCCCAGCGGAAACAGCUGUGGGUUGCUCUCAUGGAGAAGGCUCUGGCCAAGCUGCAUGGCUCAUACUUUGCCCUCCAGGCUGGGCGGGCCAUCGAAGGCCUGGCCACACUCACUGGUGCCCCCUGCGAGAGUCUGAUGCUGCAGGUCAGCUCCACUAACCCCCGAGAGGAGCCCAUUGACACUGACCUCAUCUGGGCCAAAAUGCUGAGUUCUAAGGAGGCUGGGUUCCUCAUGGGUGCUUCUUGCGGAGGGGGUAACAUGAAGGUAGAUGACGCAGCGUACGAGAGCAUGGGCCUCCGCCCCCGCCACGCCUACUCCAUUCUGGAUGUGCGAGAUGUCCAGGGCUUCAGGCUGCUCCGACUGCGCAACCCCUGGGGACGAUUCUCCUGGAACGGCAGCUGGUCAGACGAAUGGCCCCACUGGCCCGGGCACCUGCGUCACGAUCUGAUGCCCCACGGCAGUAGCGAGGGGGUCUUCUGGAUGGAGUACAGCGACUUCAUGAGGUACUUUGAUUCUGUUGAUAUUUGCAAGAUCCACUCAGACUGGCAUGAAGUGCGUGUGCAGGGUGCCUUCCCCAAUAAGGCAAGCGGACCCAUCAUGGUGACCUCCCUGACUGUGCUAGAACGAGCCACCCUGGAGUUUGCUCUCUUCCAGGAGGGGAGCAGACGGUCAGACACUGUUGACAGCCAUCUCCUGGACCUUUGCAUCAUGGUGUUCCGAGCAACCUUCAGCAGCGGAAAUAAGCUAAGUCUGGGCCGGCUCCUGGCCCACAGCAAACGGGCAGUAAAGAAGUUUGUGAACUGUGAUGUGAUGCUGGAGCCGGGGGAGUAUGCAGUUGUGUGCUGUGCCUUCAACCACUGGAGCCCUGCCAUGACAGCUCAGGUUUCCAGCCCGACAGGAGGAGCAGGGCGCAGUGCCCCAGAACCUCCUGGACACAUAUUGGCUAUCUACAGCUCGAGACUGGUCAUGGUGGAGCAGAUCGAGGCCCAGCCCACCACUCUGGCCGACGCCAUCAUCCUCCUGACGGAGAACAAGGGCGAGAGGCACGAGGGCCGGGAGGGCAUGACCUGCUACUACCUGACGCAUGGCUGGGCAGGCCUGAUUGUGGUCGUAGAGAACCGACACCCCAAGUCCUUUCUGCAUGUGCAAUGUGACUGCACCGACAGCUUCAAUGUAGUCUCCACCCGAGGCAGCCUCAAGACCCAGGACAGUGUCCCGCCCCUGCACAGGCAGGUGCUGGUGAUCCUGUCCCAGCUGGAGGGCAACGCCGGCUUCUCCAUCACACACCGCCUGGCUCACCGAAAGGCUGCCCAGGCCUUCCUCAACGACUGGAUGUCCACCAAAGGGACUCACAACCCCCUGCUCACGCCCGAGGUGGCUGGGCUCCACGGCCCCCGGCCCCUCUGACCCAUGCCCUGCCCUGGCAGGGGCACCUCCCUCUCUGCCCACCCAGCCCCUCCUUGCUUCCCGCCUCCUCAGUUCAUUUGGGUUCCCAGCCCCUUCUGCCCCUCACGGCAGCCAAGCUCACCACGUCCUGACCUCUCUGUUCCCAUCCCCUCCCCUGCAGCCUCCCCUUCCUCUUCUUAAUCACUCUAAGGAUUCUUCUGGAGUCUCUGCCUUGGAGCCAGCACACCUGAAGUAAAGGCCCAGGCCCUGGGUCUUUCUCUCCUGCUUCUGCCCUAGGGUGGAUUGGGAGAGACCCAACUGAGUGGGCCUGGGGUUCCGAUCACUUCCCCUCCCCCAGUUGCAUGCACUUUAUGAGGGAGACUUGGAGGAUGUAGGGGGCAGAGACUUAAUAAUGCUUGAACCUUAGAAAUCUCAGGAUCCCCAUCCAAGGGACAUAGCCCUGUAGCCUGUAGUGGCCAUUACCCACCUCCUAAUUCUGACAUCCUCCCGCCGCUGGAGGGGGAGAGCUGCGUGGUGGCUGGCCCCAGAGGCGUGAUGUCGGGGCGAACCCUCCUGGUCCAGGAUCCAGCCACGGCGUCAGCUUCGGCAAAACAAAAUACCUCUCAAGAAGACACUGCUUGUCUCCACUGUGGCCAGUCCCUGGGAAGCUGCUAAGAGAGCUAGCUGGGUGCAGAAAAGAGGGUGUGAGGGCUGGGGAUCAAGAGAGGGUUGGAGGCGAGCUUCCUCUGAACCCCUCUUUUUAGAUUCUUCUAUCAUGGAAAUUUUGGGGUCCUUUCCCCUUGAAAAUAUUAGCCAGGAUUUCAAACCACAAAACCAAAAUACUCAUGGGGGCAGGAUCGGAGGCAUUUGUGUUGAUGGAAGGAAGGCUUUCAGUGGAGGCACCUGGCUCAGAGCUUUCAGGUCCAAGUUCACCUCUUCCUUCCCCUUCCCUGGUUCAUCUCCUUUCAGGUAUACUGCAGCCAUCUCCCUCUUCCCACUUCCCCACCUCACCCAGGUCAUAGGGACUUACUCCCCCAGUCUGGGACUAGGGUCCUUCAAGACCCUGGUUUUUCAUGUGCUCUAGGAGGACGGUUUGUCCACAGCUGAGCAGGAAGAUAGAAACUAGGCCUGAAACUGUGUUUUUAAUAAAACAGAGACGGGAAUGAAAAUGGGGAGUCCCAAGGCCUGGAUUUCAGCAGAAGGCCCUCUCACCUCUCCUCCUGACCCUAUCCCUCCCAUCCCCCCCAAUGAUUCUAUGCAACUCCUGGAGAGAGCAGUGCUAGGAUAGAAGCCAUGCCCUUAGGGCAGAGACGGGGCCUCCCUUCUGCUCCCACCUUCCCUGGGGUGGGAAGAGGCUGCAGUGGCUGGGAUUUCACUUUGGCCCCUUUUUGAUAGUGAUAACUCUUCUUUGUCCAGCUUGGCCUAGGAUGGGGGUGAAGAGGAAUGUCCACAGGGUCCCUAAGUGGCCAUGCUGCCCAUUGCCGAUCGUUUGUUUUUUAAUGGAAUUCCUUCUCAAACCUUUAAGCAAACCCUUCUGCCUUGUGAGCCCGGGAUGUUAGGGCUGACAAGUUUGUUCUGACCUUCUGGGGAAGGAGGUGAGUUGGAGGGGGAGGAGACCAUGCUCUCUUCUCUGGCCCCAGAGGCUCUUGAUUUGUUCAAUGUGGCCCUGGAACUCGGCUGGCACAGUGAGUUCUAGCCUAUCCCAGUCUUUGCCUCCAGCCCCAGGGCUGCAGCCUCUAGUGCCAGGCCUGUCUCCAGUUCAGAACAAUCUGCCAUCCCAGAGUAUCAGGGCCAUCAUUGUCCUAACCCCCAUUCUGGUUCCCGGGGGUCCCUAGAAACCCAUCUUCCUUUUAGAAAUACGAAAUAGAUAGGGCCACCAGUCCCAUGAGACUAAACUUUUAUAUGAAGUGAAACUGGCACUUGUGAAAACUAGGAUCCCUCCCCUCCACAACUCCAUAGGUGCUAAGUUUUUUUUAAUCCAGGGCCCUCUCUGGGUGUUGUACCCCAGCAGCAGGGGCAAGGGAAAGUCCAGUUUGAGUCAUUGUUCCCACUUGGCUCUGGCUCCGACUGAGACCAGCCAGCCUGGCGUCCUGUUGAGCAGGGGCCUGAUUUAGUGCCAGGCUCAACAAAGACUUCAGAAUAAUAAUUCAGGUUUCAGAAAAGUACUAAAUAGAAGCAUGUCACAGUGUAGCAUAGCUCCCAGCUUCAUGCAUUUGGAUAUCCCCCAGGUCCAAUCCCAUCUUCACCACCUAGCCGUUCCCGGCAGCCAAUCCCAGUGCCAGGUGGGUAGCCUAGCCUAGUACAUACAUUAAUCUUGUCCUCUGCAUCCAUUUUGCAGAGGGCCUUUUGCUAUCAUUAGGUUACCAAAAUCCUCUCAUACUCAAGCCCCAGAUCUUUUUUCGGAAGCCCAGGGUGAAAAUCCAGCCUCUGGGGUGGGGAUGGGGAUAGUCUCAGACUCGGGGCCCAAGUGGCUGGUAGUGCCCCAGCAAUUGCUUUCCCUACCACCCUCCCUAUUCCUGUCCCCCCCAGAUGUACCCUUUCCCCCUCCCUCACAUUCCCUGUGCUCCCAGAAUGGGGUGCAGCAAUGGGAUGUUCAAUUCUUUGGUGUCUGUUUUGUGAAUGUCUGAGCCCGGGCUCCCUGCAGGAGGGAAAAUUGGGAAGGAGGCUCACCAAUCCUGGGUGCUCCUGCCCCCGGCCCUCCCGCAGGACCCCACCUCUGCACUGCCUCAUCAGACCUGCUGCCCCACUCCCCUGGCAGCGGGGAGCCAAGCUCAUCCAGCCCUUUGUUUCUGUGGUUACCCUUUUUUAAGAAAAAAAAAAUCUGUCAAAAAAUACCUAAAACACUAUACUCUGCCCUUCCUUUUCUCCUUUUUAUUUCCUUUUAUUCUCUCUGAGCUGUGAAUAUUUUUAACCCUGUAAAUACUGUCCAGCUCUUAUGAAACAUAGGCUAUUUUGUCAAUUGUAAAUCAGAACUGUAAUCCCUGUAUGAUACGAAUUCUCCAUGGGUGGUUUUCAGACUCAGGCUCCAAUGGACCAAAUAAAAAGUUUUGUUUUUUAAUGAA